AUGUUCGCGUCGCGCGCGUCGUCGCCGUCGCCGUCGCCGCCGCCGUCCCUCGCGCGCGCCUCGCCGCGCGCGCGUCGCGCCCGCGCGGCGCCGGCGACGUCGCGGCGCGCGACCGUCGUCCUAAGAUCCGCCGCCUCUUCCUCCUCCGCCUCCUCCGCCUCCGCCGCGUCUCCUCGCGAGAAGAAGAUCGUCGGCGUCGGGUCCGCGGGCGUGGACUACCUCGCGUCCAUCGCGUCGUUCCCCAAGCCCGACGCGAAGCUCCGCACGGACGCGUUCGAGACGCAGGGGGGCGGGAACGCGGGGAACGCGCUCGUCGCGAUGGCGCGACUCGGCGCGGAGGCGCGGUCCCUCGCUUUCAAUCCCCGCCCUCGGCGCCUUUCAACGCCACCCCUGACGCCUUUGAACCUCACCCCGGCGCGCGCGAAGGCGUCCAUCUUGACCAAACUCUCCGACGACGGCGCCGGCGUCGCGAUCCUCGACGAGUUCCGACGCGAGGGCGUCGGGUGCGAGAGCGUCGUCGUCGAGCCAGGGAAGAGCUCGCCGUUCACGUACAUCAUCGUCGACCGCGAGGGGAGCACGCGCACGUGCAUUCACACCCCGGGGCCGGAGUUUCGCGCGGAGGAGAUGCCGGACGACGCCGUCGAGGCGCGUCCCAUCUCGCACUGGUCCCCAUACGACCGCGUCGGCGCGAGACUCAUCGAAGGCGCCGACCUCGUCUACUUCGACGGGCGGCUCACCGAGGUUGCGAUUCGAGUCGCGCGCGCGGCGAACGCGGCCGGCGUGCCCGUGCUCGUCGAAGGCGAGCGGCCGCGCGACGGCCUGGAGACGCUGUUGACGCACGGAGACUACGUGUGCACGAGCACGGAGUACCCGAAAGCGCACGCCGCGGCGGCGAGCGGCGACGGCGAGGAGAAUCUGGAGUUGGAGACGGCGAUGGUGAAGACGUUGGCGUCGCUGCCGCGCGCCAGGGCGCUCGUCACGACGCUCGGCGCGCGCGGGUCGGUGAUGAUUCGCAGGGUGGACGACUGGGGCGGCGGCGCCGGCGAGAAAGAGAGGGAGGGAGACGCGCCGAAGACGACGACGCUGAAGGAGCUGCUGGCCGCGCUCGAGUCAGGCGCGUCCGAAGAUCCGAUCGCGCGCCGUUCCUCCUCGAGGAUGACUCGCGUUCUUUCCUUUCGCGCGCGAGCUCGGAACCUCACGUCGCGCCACGCGGGGAAUUCCAUUCCAUUCCAUUCAAUUCCAUCCACCGAUAUCGCGCCCGCGGACGACGCUGCGGCUGCCGUCGGGCCGUGCGACGUCACUUUCGCGCCCGCGUGCCUCGUGACGAAGUCAGCCGUGGUGGACACCACCGGCGCGGGGGAUUCGUUCAUCGGGUCGAUGUGCUACGGGAUCGCCAACGGGUUCGACUUGACGCGCGCGAUGCGUUUGGGGUCGUACGUCGCCGCGAGGAAGUGCCGCGAGGUGAGCGAGACUGGUCCCCGCGCGACCCCGUUCGCGCGGCGCGCGCCGUUUCUCGAGGAUAACUUUUCUUCCACCUUUUUCUCUUCUCUCGACCACCGACCACACGAUCUCGGCGCGCGUCCGGGGCUGCCGCGCGCGGAGACGAUCCCCGCGGAGCUCAUCGCGGACGAGGACGAGCUCGCCGCGAUGCCGGAGUUCGACGACGACGCGGAGGCCAGGGGCGUGGGCGCCGGAGACGCGUGA